AUGGCCGAUGCCGUCAAUGUUCCGGGGUAUUCCUCGAACAAAGCUGGCUUAUAUCUGAUUCCAGUGUGCACACUUGGUACUGUCGCGCUAGCGCUGGUCGUUGCGCGCAUAUACACACGUCUGAGAAGGACGGGGAAAUUGUACCUUGACGACUGGCUGAUCGUCGCUGCUCAGGUGCUCUCUGUGACCGACACAGCAAUUGCCAUCGCAGCGGCCACGCAUGGCUGGGGUAAACCGAGCUACAUGUUCACACCCGAGGCACUCAAAGAGACGCUCAGACUCCAGUUCGCUUUGCAAGUAGUCUGGAUCAUUGGGCUGUGCCUCGUUCGUGUGUCGGUAGCUUGCUCGUUGCUACGAUUCGGUACUGGCAGGUUUUGGCGCAUUUCGUUGUACCUCAUUAUUGGGCUGCAAGUCCUGAUCUCGUCGUCGUACAUCGUGAUCCAGUUCGGACAAUGCACGCCGAUAAGCGCCAACUGGGAGACUGUUCCGGAUGUCAAGUGCUGGAACACUACGCCAAUUGUGAACUAUGGAUGGGCUAUCGCAGCCGUAUACAUAGUCAUGGACCUUACCCUCUCACUCAUGCCUGUACGUCUCAUCCGAACUCUUCAUCGCAGCACGACCGAGAAAGUCCUGAUUUGCGUUCUCAUGUCUCUUGGUCUGCUCGCCACUGCAGUUGCAUGCGUCAAGAUGACCACAUUUAACGACUUCGGUAAAGGUGACGUUAUGCAAGCCACAAUCAAACCGUCCAUGCUGGCCAGAUUGGAAGAGAUCGUGGGAAUUAUCGCAUGCUCCCUCGCAUGUUUGAAGAGCACAGUCGACAAGGUCCUGAAGAAGCUGGGCAUCUUGAAAGAGCACGACCUGACCACGCCGAGUUUCGUAAAUGCCAUGAGUCUACCAAGUAUUGGCGAUCAGCGGGAGGAUAGCGGCUAUGGCGUGAGUGGUAAAGGGAGCGUCGUGGUCGAGCAUGGGGAGACAGAAGGAUAUGAUGCUUAGGGAGGCAAAGCGCGGUGUAGUCCAAUGGACCUUCCUCCUAUCGUUGUGUGAUCACCUGCUGUCGCCGUGAGUUUGUCGUCAGUGCAUUUCCUGGUGCUAGUUAGAGAAAAAAGUGAUUCCAUAAAAGGUUGAACCGCAACUAUAUUGAUUCGUACAUGGUGAAGCUCUCAAAGAUGAGGUUGAAGCUGAGGUUAUUC